AUGGAAGUGGACGAAUCAAAAAAGACAGACGGAUCGAUUGGAUGGAUUCCAUAUAUUCCGAAAAAUGUCGAGCCAAGAGACAGCCCACUUCUCGACAUUUCCAAUCAAGCUAUUUGGACAGUUUCCAGUUGUAAAAACGGUUAUGGAAUCGAUGAGCUCAUGUCUGACAACGUAGAAAAGUACUGGCAAAGUGACGGACCACAACCACACACAAUUCAUUUGGAAUUUCAAAAGAAAACGGAUGUUGCCUUUAUGAUGUUUUAUCUCGACUACAAAAAUGACGAAUCUUACACCCCCUCCAAAAUUCAAAUAAAACUGGGAUCAUCGCACCAGGACAUCUUCUUCCGCAAUGCUCAAUCGUUCAACGAACCACAAGGUUGGUGCGCCAUCGAUAUUCGUGACAAAAUGGAACGACCGCAACGGGUUUUCUGGAUUCAAAUUCAGGUUAUUCAGAACCAUCAGAAUGGAAGAGACACUCAUAUUAGACAUGUUCGUGUCUUAGGUCCAAAGAGAUCGCGUGUCUCACCAACAAACCGAAUAUUCACCGGCGAGCCACAUGGUCCAUUCCCCGAGCACAAUCUCGUUGACGACGAAGAAGAGUUUGCUGCUUUCGUAGAUAGAUCACUCGUUCACUUGUCUUUACGAUAA